AUGCCGUAUAUGUGCACUAUAUGGUACUCGGGGGAUAAGUGUUUAAAGCCGUGCAGAGCCCUGUGGGAUGCUCCAAAGAAUCAUUGUUGGGAGAUAUGUGCGGUAAUUCUCUCUUUUCUCCUUUACACCUACCUCUGGGCCAAGAGGUUCCCUGAACUUGGAAGCUACAGCUGCUGGACUCAACACGAGUGCCUGACCAGCUGUGAGUUCUUGAAGACCCUGCAGACGGUCAAGCAAGGAGACUGCCCGCCCGCUGCAAGGGCAUCUGGCUUUGCCGCUGCCUGCGUGCAGGGCUGCGAGGGGGACCGUGAAUGCCCCGGGAAUAGGAAGUGCUGCUUCAAUGCUUGUGGGCACACCUGCCAGGUUCCAGAUAACAUAAACAGAGGUGUCCCACUGAGGCCUAGAAAAAGCCUCACCAUCCUGGAGAGAUCUGGGGGAACAGUUCGAGUUUCUUGGAAAUCCAAGUCCAGUGUUUCCAUAGAACCCGUAUUCUAUGUCCUUCAGAGCAGAUGGCACUGGGGUCUUCACCCCAGUGAGGACAGCGUUACUGAAUGGAAAGCAGUGGCUUUGACAACGGAGGAGAGCGCCCACCUGGAGAGCGUCGGCCCGAACAGAUGGUACCAGUUCCGCGUGGCCGCAGUCAAUGCUCAUGGCACCCGGGGCUUCACUCCUCCCAGCAAACACUUCCAGUCUUCCAGAGCUCCUCUGCCUCCAGGGUCCCCCCAGAAUCUCAGAAAAGGCAAUGUCACCUUGAGCCACGAUGGGACGCACAGCAUCAUCAUUUCCUGGGAUCCCCCUUCCGAGGGGGCUCUGGAUGUCCAUCACUACAGGGUCUUCUGGAGCUGCUGGACACCAGAAGCAUGUGGGCCUUCGCCUAAGAUGAGGAGCCUGAGAGUCACCAGGGCAAAACCCGAAGUACGACUGGAAGGACUUGAGGCUGGCACAACCUACCAGGUGCAAGUGCAGACCGUCGCCUUCUGGAGCCAGAAACGUCUCAAGAGCACCAAGUCUCAGAUGCUUAUCACCAUGCCAGCAAGAGAGAUGUUAAAUGAGUUACCAGCAUCCCAGCAAGUACCUGCCUUGAGAGUACAGGUGGAGAGUCCCUGCUAUCUACAGAAUGACCUACAAGUCAAUGUCCGCUGGAGUGGAGUCUUCUCAAGAGAACCUGGUAUCUACCUGUUAACCUGGAAACCCAUCUCCUGUGCUAACAACCAUACGGCAUCAGCCACACAAGCCUUGGUGCAGGGGGCCAAACAGAACAGGGCUAAUCCCUCUUCCAUGGGACACCCCAUAAAGUAUUUAGACUCAGAAGACAAUGAUUUAGAGCAGUCAGAAGCCCCAGAAGUCAUCCAGACCAACCUCUAA